UUGAUAAACAUUAAUAAUUUAUAGCAGGAUAUUGGCGAAUAAAGAAACAGCUAAUACCCCUAAUCUGAUAUGAUAGCAAGUUUAUGACUUUCAUUCCAAUAUAAAAAGAGGACCAGUAUUAUCCGUAUCAAAUUGUCUUUUGACAUUUAAACAAUACAAGCUCAUCCAUCAUGAAGGUAUUCAUCGCUCUUUUCGCCCUGGUGGCCGUGGCGGCGGCGCGCCCCGCGCUCGUGCAGAUCGUCGUGAACGUGGAGGGCGGCAACAGCGACGCCGUGGCCGUGGAGGGCCCCGUCGGACACCCCGCCGUGGACAUCGUCAAGCCCACGCCCGUCAUCGUCGCCCCCGGCCUGCCCACCCCCAUCAUGCCCGUGCCUCUGCCCGUUGCCCCCGUGCCCACCCCUGCUCUGCCCUCUCCCGCCCCGGUCCCUGCUCCGGCUCCGGCUCCGGCCCCUGCACCCCUCCCCGUGCCCGCCCCUGCUCUGCCCGGAAUUCUCCCCGGUGUGCCCACCCCCGUGAUGCCCGUGCCUCUGCCCGCCCCCGUGACCCUGCCCGCCCCCGUGCUCCCCGGAGUCGCCGCGCCUGCCCCCGCCCCCGUGUCUCUGCCCAGCCCCGUCAUGCCUGAGGUGGUCGCGCCCUCCCCCGCCCCCGUGGCUCUGCCCGCCCCCGCCAUGCCCGCUCCCAUGCCCGCACCCGCUGUGGUCAUCCCCGAUGAACUCAACUAAACAGUAACUUAAGACUGUUCCAACAUUUUCCUUGCCGAGCAAAUAAGAACUGCUUGUGGCUGAAGUUAAUUCUUAAAUGUAACUACAUACUUGUUUAAAAGUGCAACACCCAACACCUUAAUAAAGAGAGAAGAAUGCAACUGAA